AUGUGGGUUCAUCAUCAUCAUCAUCAUCAUCAUCAUGGUAAAGCAGCCUCAGGGAUUAAAAAAGGAGGCGGUAAUGGAUUGGUUGCCGUCGCUAUCGAUAAAGAUAAAGGAAGCCAAUAUGCUCUUAAAUGGGCUGCUGAUACUCUUCUCACCAGAGGCCAAACCGUUAUUCUAAUUCAUGUUUCUCAUCCAACUUCUUCUUCUUCAAGAGCUAGCAAUGACGCCAUUAUUUGUAACUUUAACAGUAAUACUUCAUCUCCACAGCGAUCCCAAAUUGAUAAUGCUACUAGAGAUCUCUUUCUUACUUUCCAUUGCUAUUGCACACGAAAAGAUAUACAUUGUCUUGAUGUUCUACUUGAGGAUAAUGAUAUUGUCAAGGCAGUAACCGAAUAUGUCGCUUAUGCUGCAAUUGAGAAUUUGGUGGUUGGUGCACCUUCAAAGCAUGGAUUUAUCAGAUUUAAGUCGUCCCCUACCCCAAGUAACAUAUCAAAGGGGGCACCCGAUUUCUGUACUGUUUAUGUCUUAUCUAAGGGGAAAGUCUCGUCUGUUCGGACGGCUUCUCGUCCAGCUCCACAUACCUCUCCGCUUCUCAUUCAUAUAAAUAAUCUAAAUAAUCAUGAUAUAAAUCAACCUGCGGAUCAGAUAUGCUCCAAACGUAUGAAUUUGAGAGACAGGCCGUCAAUGAAACCUCAUUGCUGGCAGGAUGACUCUAUGAAGUCUGCAUUUGGAAGAGCAGGAAGAGGCACCAGUGGAAUGCUAUGCAUGGACUUCACAGAAUCAGAUACGGACAUAACAUUCGUAAGCUCUGGGAGGCCAAGCAGUGCUUGUUCAUCCUCUAUUUACGAUUACAUGGACUCCGCUCGAACUUCGCGGGUUUCUACCAGUUCAGAUCGUAGCUUCGGAUCCAACCGGUUGGGGUUCAAGUUCAAUGACCCCGGUUCGCCGGAUACCUCCUUUACACUUGAAAGCGCUAGAACAUCAUGUUCAUCUCAGACCUUGGAUGAGGCAGAAGCUGAUAUGAGGAGGCUGAAGCUUGAGUUAAAACAAACUAUGGACAUGUACAGUACUGCGUGCAGAGAAGCACUUACAGCACAACAAAAGUUAAUGGAGAUGAGCCACUGGAAAUUGGAGGAAGAAAAGAAAUUAGAACAGGCACAGUUGGCCCAAGAAGCUGCUUUGGCAAUUGCAGAGAGAGAGAGAGCAAGAAGUAAGGCAGCCAUGGAAGCAGCUGAAGCAGCUAGAAAGAUUGCAAAUGUAGAAUUAAAACGAAGAUCAACGGUUGAAGUUAAAUCUAGUAAAGAAACCGAGGAACUGAGGAAGCUAUUGGAUAAUUUAGGCCAAACUGAUGUAAGAUAUAGGAGAUACUCUAUUGAGGAGAUCGAAGUAGCCACGCACAUGUUUUCUGAAAAACAAAUAAUUGGGGAAGGUGGUUAUGGCCCUGUUUAUAAAUGUUACCUUGAUCACACCCCAGUGGCCAUCAAGGUUUUACGUCCGGAUGCAGCUCAAGGGAAAUCUCAGUUUCAGCAAGAGGUUGACAUACUGAGCUGUAUGCGUCAUCCAAACUUGGUGCUUCUUCUAGGAGCGUGUCCAGAGUAUGGCAUAUUGGUUUAUGAAUAUAUGGCAAAUGGAAGCUUAGAAGAAUGUCUGACUCGAAAAAAGAAAGAUAAGGUUCUGUUUUGGCAGUUAAGGUUCCGGAUUGCUGCAGAGAUAGCCACAGGGUUGCUAUUCCUACAUCAGACGAAGCCGGAACCUCUGGUGCAUCGUGAUUUGAAACCCGGAAACAUUUUGCUGGACCAGAACUAUGUAUGUAAAAUUAGUGAUGUUGGAUUGGCAAGGCUGGUCCCUGCAGUGGCGGAUAACGUAACACAGUGUCGCAUGACAUCGGCAGCGGGAACCUUCUGUUAUAUUGAUCCGGAGUAUCAGCAAACAGGAAUGCUUGGCGUGAAGUCGGAUGUUUAUUCUCUAGGGAUCAUAUUUCUACAGUUAUUGACUGGCAGACAUCCGAUGGGAUUGGCUCACCAUUCAGAGCAGGCGAUUGAGAAUGGAACAUUUGAGAAAAUGCUUGACCCAUGUCUCCCUAACUGGCCUGUUGAACAAGCCCUCUCCCUUGCGGAAAUAGCGGUGGAGUGUGCACAGCUGAGGCGAAAAGAUCGGCCAGACCUUGCGAAAGAAGUGAUGCCUAAGCUCGUUAAACUUAGAGACUUUGCUGAUGAAAAUAUGGGUCCCAUAUUUUUAUCAGGAGGCAUGAGUUGUAGGAAGGCUGCAACUUUUCCAGACCUCAGUGAAGAAGCUUCGGUGCAGCAGGAAGUGAUGAGCGACCCACAGUUGGUAAAUUCAGGAAGCUCAAUAAGUCCACCACCAACUCCUCCAACUCCAACAACAGAGGAAAAUCCAUAA